CUUUAAGAGCGAUUGCUCCCGCCCCCUUUCAUCACCAUCAGUGUUAUUAUAAUUCCCUUCUGUUCUGAGACCCGGCACAGCUGAUUUUACAGAAAGCGGCAGUUUUAUAUGUCGUUUUUUAAUUCUCCGACGAAUCAGACAACAUCUGGGUCACCUCUUGUUUGAAGCGCUGUCUGGUGUUCACCCGCAAUAAGAUGUCGACAGAAAAACAAGCCUUACAGGAUGGAGGGCACCAAACGCCCAUGUCACCUCCACCUUACCCAGUGCAGGAGGCCACAACAAACAGUACAUCGCCAGCCUAUUCCAUGUCCAUGCACGCUCCCACAAUGACACUGGGCACAGAAGGCUUCGUCCAGGAGACACAGUUCAACGGCUCAUCACAAGGAUACCCCAUACCCGCAAAUCAUCCAGCAGGACCGAUGGGGGCAGCAGGGUAUGGGCACCAGGGCUAUCCCAUGCAGUACCAGCCCUGUGCUGCCUACGUACCAGUUUAUCCAAUGACAAAUAACGUGGGGUUGUAUCUCCCAGGAAACAAUGGAGUCGUAUCAGGUGGCCAGCAGAUGCCAGCAAACGUCACCAUAGUGAGCCCUCCACGACCCCCUCACGAUUACUUACCCAUCGCAGUGUUGACUACAGUGUGCUGUUUCUGGCCAACUGGGAUUUUUGCCAUAUUCAAAGCUGCACAGGUGCGGGCCGCCAUCGCACGUGGGGACAUGGUGUCAGCAGAGAUCGCCUCCCGUGAAGCCCGGAAUUUCUCCUUCAUCAGCCUCGCCGUGGGAAUCGCCUCCAUGGUCCUCUGUGCCAUCCUGACCGUGGUGAUUGUCAUAGCUGCCCAGCACCAUGACGACGAGUGGGAUCCUUAACCAGCCACGGACAGGCUCAGCAGGCCUACUGCACACUUCAGGUGUCACCACACAGGAACUCCGCCACAAAGCCGCACAACCCAUCCCUUCCCCUUCCACAACCCCAUCCCGUCCCACCCCACCUCACCCUAGCCCCUCCCCUCAGCCCCGCUUCCACCCCCACCCAUCAUCCUCUUCAACUCCCACUACACUCCUAGUUUGCAGACGUUACACAUCUACCCAAAACCACCUGACACCAUGAACAAUUAAUCAUUUCUGCCCGAAUAGUAGCCUUGUAUUUUACCUCCAUUGGUUCUCUGCAUCGAUAAAGGGACUGAGAAUGUUUUGUGAAAUUGGUUAACCGUGUUUUGUUUAAAUACAGACGGACACUAUCCAUUUAAGAUGAUUGGCUCCGGCAGUAACCUGCAUAGAUCCCUCUCUGGGCACUUUCUGGGAUAGGAUGGAGGUGGGUAAGGAGAUUGAACAGUGGGUAGGGAAUCAGGGAUUAGGCCCCACUUGGUGAAUCUGGAAUUGAGUAGAAAGGACAAACGGAUCUCAGAAGCAGGCUGGCACUGAGAAUUUGAGGUUAAAUCAGAUAUGAUCUUCCUGAAUGGUGUGAGGGAUCGUAAUCAUCUCUUCCAGCUCCUGCUUCUCAUGCUCUGUGUAAAGUCUCCAUACCCCUGUUUUCUCAUUACAGAGAGAGAGAUGGUUGGUGGUGGUUUAACCGUAGGGUCAUUAUGCCUCGGGCAAGGGAGUUAGGUUGAGAAGAUGACACUUUGGUAUGAGAAUUGACGUACACUGUUGGCAUCAAACCAACCAUCCAGACAAACAACCUUCAUCUUCUGUUCUAUAUCUGUUGGUUUAAAAUGUGAUAUUUGUACUUUUUAUUCCCUAAUUUAACCUUAUGUUGAUAGUGUCAAACAGAUGGUACUGGAUUGGUUACUUGUUAACACAUCUCCCUUCCUGACUUCCCUCUCUAUUGAACGUCUGGAGCUCAGUAUUGCCCUUUGUGUGUUCAUGCCCACAAUUAAAACUGGCAUCCAAAUCUGACCCUGCAACCCUGUGCUUCAAUGUAAAUCCCUACUGUGUUACAGAUUUGUCUCAGAAAUAGACCCAGCCAGCGGGUGAUAAUUAAUUAAUGUUUUAAUCAUUGAUCCAAAACAAAAACAAUUCCUGAGUGGGUACAGAAAUGUUUCCCCUCUCAACAGCAGGUGGUAGUGUUGCACUUUGGAAUCAUUCAUGAACAGUUCAGAGUAAAAGCUGCCCGGGUAUUUUCGCAGUGAUCUGGUAGAAAGCAGACCCUCAGCCAGUGCCAAGUAGCAUGCAGUGUCGACAUUUAUUCAAUUCCUGCCGUCAGCAAUUUACGUCAAGAGAUCUCAGACAAUAUUAUUAACACAGGAAGGUGGAAUUCGCAUGUGACGGAGGAGGAUGUGCAACCAAUUGGGCCCCAAGGAAACCUGAAAAAAAUUCCUUCUCUUGUGGGUGAACAUUUGAAGUUUGAAGCCAUCAAACCAGCUUUCAUGCAUUUUAGGCAAAGAUUCAAAAAGCUUAGAGAAGGAAACCUUCCAAUUUUGAACUUGACUCAUUCUGAUGCCAGGAGAAAGUGAGGACUGCAGAUGCUGGAGAUCAGAGCUUAAAAAUGUGU